AUGGAACACUUUACUUUCAUAGAGUACAAGGUGGUUAAUAGAGGUGAGAACAAGCUUGCUGAUUUGCUAGCUACUCUAGCCACCAAGUCUGUACUAAAGAAAGAAAAGAUGACGCUUCGAGUUGAGAAGCAGCCUGGAAAUGACCAAGCUGAGGCCUCCAACAAAAGAUUGCUAAAGAUAUUGGGAAAAAUGACUAAGGAAUAUGGAAAGGGGUGGAAGGAGGAGCUUCCUACAGCUCUGUGGGCUCAUAGAACAGCCAAAUCACAAGCUAUAAGAGCUUCACCAUUUUCUUUAGUCUAUGGCACAGAGGUUGUUAUCCUAAUAAAUUUAGUAAGACCAGCGGUAAAACUGGCAAAGAUUGCAAGAAUACCUAGAGAAGACACUUUGGAAAUUGUGGAGGAAAUGCCCUACAACGCUGCCUCUCAUAACCGCCUUUAUCAGGCUUACAUGAAGGCUAGGCAUAAAGGCCAAGUCAAAGAAAGGAAGUUUCAACUAUGA